UCACCACUACCUUACAUACAAAGUAUACAUAUACAUAUCAAUCAUCUGUUCAAUGUGGGCGUAGGGAUUGUCAAAAACGCUACUGUAUUGUGUUUUUUUUUUACACAUAAUACAGUAAUAAUUUACAUUUAGUUUUUAAAGAAGUACAAAAUAAAAUCCUCUGUGUAGUGCAAAAGAUAGUGUACCAGUGUUUUUGUUUUUCGUGACGUCAUUGUUUUCAAUUGCCAGUGAUACUACGCAAUUACAUUGUUUUGCAGAAAUGGAUUUAAAAUGAGAAAUAGUUUAGUUAAAAAGGUCCUGGUCCAAUAUGUCAGCGGAUUCGCCGCGGCACGUGCGCUCUGGGGGGCCCCUGAUUGUGCCAUCACAGCCCCCGAGUGAUAGGGGCCUCAUAGAUGCAGUGUCAGGGUUUAUUAAUGAUGUCACACUCUCCUCAUCCUCAAAUGUAGACCCUAAAGAUGUAAUUCAAUGGGCAAGAUUCGAGACAGCGGAUAUAAACGAGCCCACACCUGAAGGUGACAGUGAUAAAGAUGUGUCACCAUUACUGCUCAUCUUGGGCUAUGGCUCCGGAGUUCAGGUAUGGUUGAUACCAAAUUCCGGGGAGGCCCAAGAGGUGCUUUCAUGGCGACAAGGCACAGUGAGGGUGCUCCGUAUACUGCCCACCCCGCAGCACGGCGACUGCUUCGCGUCGAAGAGGCCCCUCAUCGCCUUGUGUGAUUCAGCAAGCCCUGGACCUACAUUUUGCUCGCUCAGUUUCAUUUCGAUAAGGGGAGGAGAACAGGUAAAAAGUAUAAAGUUCAAGAACCCUAUUCUGGACGUGCUGGCCAACAAACGUUCCGUGGUGGUGUCAUUCUCGGAGAGGUUCGCGGUGUUCGAUGCAGCGUCGCUGGAGGACCGGCUGGCGGUGACCACGUGCUACCCCUGCCCAUGUCCACUCGGCGGCAGCUCGCCUGUCAAUCCGCUGGCUCUGGGAGAUCGCUGGCUUGCUUACGCUGACAAGAAAUUAAAUCCCUCGAAAAGGAGCAGUGGAGGAUGUGAAGGCGAAGGAGUGACAAGUUACACGGCGACAGUGCUCCACGCGGCGAAGUCGCUGAGCAAGGGUCUGCGGGGGCUGGGCGAGAGCGUGGCGCACAGCCUGGCGGGGCGGAGCGCCUCGCAGUCCCCCUCGCCUCCGCACGCCGACACGCAGCAGCCGGGAGUCGUUACUAUACUCGACAUUGAGGGUAACGAAGACGAAGACGGUCAGGAGAACGAGGAGCCGUGCGAUCCGAUAGUGGCACACUUCGUGGCACACUCGGAGGCGAUCAUCGCGCUGAAGUUUGAUGCGAGCGGCAUGCUGCUGGUGACUGCAGACCGCCGCGGGCACGACUUCCACGUGUUCCGCAUCAACCCCCACCCCUUCGGUCCCACGCUUGCCUCUGUACACCAUCUGUAUAUACUGCACCGAGGUGAUACCACCGCCAAAGUUCAGGAUAUAGCGCUGUCAGCUGAUUCUCGUUGGACGGCGAUAUCUACGUUACGUGGCACAACGCACGUGUUCGCCAUCAGCCCGUACGGGGGCGCGUGCGGCGUGCGCACGCACACGCAGCCGCGCGUCGUCAAUCGCCUCUCCCGCUUCCACCGCUCCGCCGGACUACCCAUACACUCUGCUGCGCACGCGCACAGCCCGGUAUGUGAGAGUGGAUGGACGGGUUCAGCUAGCGGGCAGGGGCCGUGGUACCCCAACCCGCGGCUUCCACCCUUCCCCGCGCCCACCAUCACACAACCACUGGCACAGCUGCGUCCCACUUCCAACCUGCCAACGCACACCAUCACCAGAAACAGCUCCGGUCGUCAGCGUCUUUCAUCUCUAUCGGAGGAGAGCAACAGCGUGCCGUUACUGGCUCGUGCGUGCUUCGGCUCUGGAGGGACGGGAGCUACUGUGUCUGGUGGUGUGGGGGGUGCUGGGGGUGCGGGGAGGGGUGCAGCUGUCUCGCUGUAUCUCAUGGCGGCCAGCGGUUCUCUGCUUCAUCUCAUAUUGCACCCGCGACCUGCACGUAGUGUACCAAAGGAGAAGUUGUGUGACGAGUCUCCUGUGGAGUUGGAGGUGGAGCCAGCAGCGCAAUGGCCACUGCAGCGCACUCCUGCAGCAGCAGACCUGCUCGCCCCACUCCCACCUUCCAGCCCACUGCUGCAGACCCUCUCCUGCAGGAGAUGUGUGGAGGUGUGCAUGAGUGAGGAGGAGAGGUGGCUGUCACAGGUGGAGAUAGUGACUCACGCUGGACCUCAUCGCAGACUCUGGAUGGGUCCGCAGUUCGUCUUCAAGACAUACAACUGCACCGGGUCAAACUCGUCACUGUCGGAGGCGGAGACUGUGGAGGUGGAGGCGGGAGCGCGCGGCGCAGCGCGCUCCACGCCCGUCAACAUGCCCGGCGCGCGCCCCGUAGUACCCGUACUCAUUGACUCCGGCUCCGCCAGUUCCUUAGAGCAUUCACCGUCGGAUAGUUUCCGUCGCAAGUCUCUGCUGGCGGAGAGUGGACGCGCCUCCUGUGAUGUGCAGCUCCGUGAGGACCUCGCUGAGGCCAUGAAAGAGGACCACGGGUGGGAACGGGAGCGGGAGCGGGAGGAGACUAGCGAGCGCGCGGGGCGCAGCCCGGGAGUGGUGCGCGCCGUCAACCCGCGCGGGACCGUGGCCGUGCCGCUGGCGGAGGCCGCGCCCGCGCCGCUCGACCCCGACUCCUACACCACGUCCAACGCAGACGAGGCCACCUUCCGCCCGGUGGUGCGCGCGCCCGCCUCGCUACCGCUGCAGCCCGACCUGCCCCUCAGACCUCUUCCCCGGACCACCACCAUCCCCGUCGAAAACGUUUCCCCUCUUCCCCAUCUCUCUCCCGACGAAAUACACCCCCUCAACACGGACGUCAUCAUCCCCGCCGCCCUCAACGUCGAAAACUGGCUGUCGGACAAUUUUGCUUCUAAUGACGUUGCUACGGAUAUACGUAGAUCAAAAAAUGUCGGUGGGCAGGUCCCACAGAAAGUAGAUAGAAACAAUGUAGAAGUUAAUUUAAGUAACGAUCUCGGUAGCGAGGAGAUGGAGUGUAAGCGCGAUGUACGUGAGAGUUCCUCGGCGAAUGUCGAGUUGGAGUGCGAGGUUAAAACUAAAUCACUGCCAAAAUCGAAUAGGUCGUCGGAUGAUAUUCAACCGACGACCCGAAUUAGAUGUAAGAAAUCUCCCACCAAAUUGCCAGUUAGUGAGAAAGCUGCUAGUGACAUUAGUUUUAAGAAUAAUAAGAAAUCAGAUGUUGAUAAUAAAUCAACAAAGGAUUGUGAGAAAAACAGAGAAGAAAAAAAAUCAAAUGUAGGUAUCAAAAGUACGGACGAUAAUCUUAUAAAGAAAGGUGAGUCAGCGGCAAAAAGAUCGAAAGAAUUCGGUGAUAAAAAAGAGUUGAAAGAAGUUAAAGAAACAUUACAAGUACCACAUAAAUGUAUGCUUGAUGUUGAAAAACAAUGUGAUAAAGAAGCGAAACCAAUUAAUCGCGAUGCUGAAAAACAUUGUCACAUAGAAGCAAAGCCAAUAUCAAGCGGAGCGAUUGAAACCAAAACAAACAAGCCUUCUAAACCAGACUUUGAUAUUGGACCAUCAAAUGCUAUCAAGGAAAAUCGUAUUUUAGAAACCAUUAAUAAAAAUGAGAAGAAACCUUGGGAUACAGCUACAAUUGAAACAAAGAACACGAAAAUUGAAGAACCUACUUUGCUUUCUAAAGAAAAUGAAGAUAUUAAAAUUAAAACAAAGAAAAGUCGAAAAACGAGAAAGACUCAAGAAGAUACCAAUGCAAAAGAUGACGAGGAUAGUUUCGUAGAAAUACACAAUAUAGAAGAAGAUACGCAGUCAGCAGAUACGGGUGAAUUAGUUUCAAUUUCUUCACCAUUCGAAGAAUAUGAACCAUCGACCUCUUUCUUAUCUAAAAAUAAGAAGUCAAGGUCUCCGAAAAUAAACGAAGGAAAUGGCCACGAACAAAAUUUGGAAGAAGCUAUACGCGAAACUGAGCAAAUAACUAAAUCCAAACAAUCAAACCAUUCUGAUAUAAACAAAUCUGAAUUUGAUUUACUUUCUGAUUUUAGAUCCAUUAAAAAAGAAAACACAAGAAAAUUUUCAACAAUAGAAAUAGUGAAUUUCGAAAGUAGCGAAGGUAAGUUUGUAGAUGAAAUUAGUUGCUCAAUAAGCAAAGAAAAGACAACAAAAACAAAAUCACAACUACCAAGUAAUGCCACUCAAUUAGAAGAAAUAUCUGCAUCCGAAUCUAAAGAAGUUUAUGUUAUAAAUACAACAGAGGACGAUUUCCCUGAUAUACAAAUUACAAGAGCUAACAAACCUCGAAAAAAAUCACCUCAGCCUACAGUUGAUGCAAACAAUGAUAGCAAAGCAACCGCUAAAGCACCGAUCAAGUCUUGGAGUACCAUAGCCGCAUCUAAAAAUGUUAAAAAACCAGAAACAGAUAAAAAUGUAGUUCCGACAGAGACGACUGUUAAAAAGAAUAAUGUAGAAGAUGAAAUUAUGUUCAAACGAGAAGUACUAACAUCUUCCAUUCCUAUUGAAACAUCGUUGCAAGAAAAAUUAGCCGAACUUUGUAAACGGACAGAUAUUAUAGUUGCAGAAUGUGGUGAGCCGUCAGGUUUAAAUUUUGUUGAAGAACAUCAUUCAGUAAUUCAGGAACUUCCACCACUUGACGGUCUGGGUUUCGGCUUGGAUGAAUUCAAACUAGAGGUCAUGAAAGACAGCUUACUUGAAGUAGCAGAUGUUAAAGUUGAAAGUCCCAUUUGUAAAAUCAGCCUCGACGACAUACUGACAUCUAUGAAAGACACUACAGAUAAAGUGAUUGAAUCUAAUACAUUCAAUUUGAUUGAUAUUGAAAAAACACCCAUAAAGAAAGGUAAAGGCUGUAGUGUAAUUGAAACAGAUAAAAUAACUUCUCAAGAAGUAAAAAUAGAUGAAGAAGGGAAGUCAGAAAAAGACAAUGAAGUAAUGGAAAAAUCAUCUGACGACGAUGUGACGUCACCAGUUUUAUCCACUGACAGCGAUAAGGAGGAAAAGAAAGGUACUUCAAGUUCAGUUCAGUCUUCGUCAAAGCAAUCUAAAUCUAAAAAAUCACGCAGAAAGAAAAAAUAACAGAAAACGUGUUCAGAUGUUUGAGCUUCUAUUGUAACCUUGGCUAUGAUAACGGAUAUUCGAAACUGCUGCUAUUAGGCAAGUUAUAAUUAGUUAAGUGUGGCAAUAAUAAAACAUGCACAUGUAAAAUAAAAAAAAAACAAAAACAUUAAACUGUGUUUAUUGUGUAAUAAUAAUUAUUAUGUAGGACAAUUAAUAUAUCGCCUGUUGUGAGAAUUAGCGGUAACUUAUCACAGUU